AUGAUCACAAGAGACGCGGAGGCAGCCAAUCCCCACGGCCGUAAGAUGGUGAGCACCAAAAGUAGUGUGGAACAAGGUGGUGGGUGCGAUGUGUGUGUGGAGAACGAUGAUGUGUGCCAGUGUGAUCAUCGAAGUGGCGACGAUGGCCAACACCGUCUUCAUGAGCAGCCUAAUGGCUCUUUUGCUCAUGCUGUCAUCAAUAUGAUUGGAAUGCUCAUAGGACUAGGACAACUAUCAACUCCAUACGCCCUGGAAAAUGGCGGUUGGGCGUCGAUAUUCCUCCUCCUAGUCCUCGGACUCAUCUGUACUUACACCUCCCACCUCCUCGGCAAAUGCCUCCACAUGUCCCCCAAGUCCCUGAGCUAUGUCGACAUCGGCCACCACGCCUUCGGAUCCAAGGGCAAACUCCUAGUCUCCACCUUCAUCUACCUCGAGAUUUUCAUGGCGCUCGUCUCCUACACCAUCUCCCUCCACGACAACCUCGCCACCGUCUUUACUGGGACCUACAUCCCGGCCACCGGUGUCAUGUCUACCUCACAACUUCUCACCCUGGUUGCUGUCCUGGUAGCUCUACCCAGCUUGUGGAUAAGAAACUUGUCUUCCAUCUCGUUCUUAUCCUCUGGCGGAAUACUGAUGUCUGGUGUCAUCUUUAGCUGUGUUGUCUUCACGGCGGCGUUCGGAGGCGUGACACCUGAUAACAACAUACCGAUGAUUAGGGCAAGGAGUAUUCCUUCAAUUUCAGGGUUGUACGUCUUCAGUUACGGUGGUCACAUUGUCUUCCCUGACUUGUACAAGUCCAUGAAAGAUCCUUCCAAGUUCACCAAGGUAUCAAUAGUUAGUUUUGCAGCUGUCACCGGACUUUAUACGUCCAUGGCCUUCUUGGGAGCCAAGAUGUUCGGGCCAGGAGUGAGCUCGCAAAUCACCCUUAGCCUCCCGCCACACCUCAUCUUCACGAGAGUGGCCUUAUGGGCCACCGUGAUCACCCCCAUGACCAAGUACGCUCUCGAGUUUGCGCCCUUUGCCAUCCAGCUCGAGCGCAUCUUGCCGAGCUGGAUGGCACCACAGACCAAAACGAUCGUCCGUGGCACGGUGGGCUCAGUGUUGCUGCUCGUGAUCCUCACUCUUGCCCUUUCGGUGCCCUACUUCGAGCAUGUGCUCGGCCUCACGGGGUCCCUUGUGAGCACUAGCAUCUGUGUGGUGUUUCCAUGCGCAUUCUACUUGAAGAUCUCUCGUGGGGAACUGGGACGGACUGUGCUAGUUUUGAAUUGGGCCCUGAUCGGGGUUGGGUGUGUUCUUGGAGCUAGCGGGACGAUUUCUUCGUCCAAGUUAUUGAUAAACAGUCUUCGAAGAGCUCAUCAUCUUCACUCCUCUUAA